AUGGCAUCUUUGUCAUCUCGAUCAUCAAGAAGUUCAAAAAAGUCUGCAUCAUCAACUGCAAAGAUUGUACGAGUUGAUGAAACUUUUAAUACUCGUCAAUCAAGAAAGAGUCCAAAGGAUGUUUCUACUCCAGGUAUUAAAAAUGGCGGUAUAUCUCGACGACGAUCUGCUCCAAGUUCUCAUCGUUCAAGAAAUUCACAAAUACAAUCAAAAAUAACAACAUCGCAAAGAUCAACAAGUAUUUCAGGCCAACAUGUAAUGGGAAGCAACAAUGAAGGUGAAGAUGAUAAUAUAGACCAACAUAUUGAUCUGGUAAAUAUUUCAUCUGCAUCAACAGCCACAGAAGAUAUGGAAACAUCUCAACAGCCUGAUGAUGAUAAUUCUCCUGCUUCAGCUGAAAACCACAACCGAAAUGGACGAAUUAUUUAA